UCCCGAUUGCCUUCAGUUCGCCAUUAGUCUCGUCCCUGUGUAGUUGGAGGACUAUAGAUUUAAUAUUACUUUUUCAUUUCAGAAAAUGAACUACUUCCUAUUGCUCUGUUUAAAUGUUGCGCUGCUUGGUUCAGUGUUAUGUGCUGAAGUUCCUUCUUAUGUCAAGAUUUGUGGUCGUAAAAAUCCAAAGCUAAAUGAGUGCAUCAAGGAUGCGGUUGAGUCUCUUCGCCAGAAACUUCGUGAGGGCAUGCCAGAAUUUGGAAUUCAAUCAACGGAGCCAUUGGAGAUUCCAGCAGGACUCAAUAUCGCUGAGUCCGAUGCCUUUCGUGCUACAGCGAGAAAUGUUAAAAUUUACGGUAUCUCCGACUUCGAGAUAAAAAAGCAUAACCUCAACCUUGAAAAAAAGACUUUGGAUAUUGACCUAUAUUUUAAGAAACUCCGAUUCGAAGGUGACUACAACGUGAGUGCCAGGAUCAUCGUGCCAAUUAAUGCUAUUGGACCCAUUGAAAUUAAUGCUAAGGAUAUUUCGGCGGAAGCUUCGCUGACAUUCGAUUUCAAGAACAGAAAAGACGGCCCACACAUGAUGUUUACAUCGAUGAAGUGCAAAAUUAUAAUCGGCGAUUAUGAAUCUCGUUACAUCCCUACAGAAGGCCAAGACCCAACACUGGCUGAAGCUGUUAAUAGUGUUCUGAAUGGUAGCAAGAAAGAGAUUAUCAGCAGUAUCACUUCCAGUGUUGAGAAGGCAACUUCAGAAAAAGUCCUUGAUACAGCAAAUAAAGUCAGUAAAGCGUUUACAUUCGACCAGCUGAUGCCAGACAGGGAGUAACACACAUUUCUGUAUAAAGUCUUCAAUAGUCCCUCUGUAAAGCCUCGAUCUUAAACAUGAAAGACAUCAUUUUUCGUUUCAAUAAAAGAAUUUAAGAACUGAUGACAA